AUGACAGACAAUAAUAUACUUAUACUCAAUCAAGUGAUUAGUGGUAUAACAUUAUAUGUUCCAUAUUUUACCAUUAUUGUUGGAACAAUUGGUAGUCUUUGCAAUCUUCUUACUUUUACAUCAAGACAAUUACGUGACAAUCCAUGUGCUUUAUACUUUUUAUGUUCAGCAAUAUUCGAUUUGAUUUAUCUAACAUUUGGUGCUUCAACACGUUUAAUGAGUGAUCAUUACUCAUAUAUAUUACCACGUAGAUCAGCCGUGUUCUGCAAAGUGCGAACAUAUCUGACCGUGGUUAUACCAGCAUUGGCUACUCUUUUUAUAACUCUUGCAUCAGUCGAUCGAUGUUUACUAACAUCAAACUCCACCAAAUGGCGUAAAUUAAGUCGCAUUUCAAUUUCUCGUUAUACUGCAGUUCUAAGUAUUAUAGUCUGGCUUGUUUCUUAUUGUCACAUACUCGCUUAUUAUGACUUACAAUUAGUAGAUGCGAAUAAUAAUAUAUACAUAUGCAUGCCUAGAUCUGGCGCUUAUUCGAUGUUUGUUAGUGUAUUUUUCCUUAGUGUUAAUUCAGUUUUAUUAUAUACAAUCAUGUUUGCUGCUAGUGUCAUUACUCUCAGACAUGUUCGGUCAUCCCGACACCGUGUAAGAGAUGUCACAACUCAAAGAGGUAGACUGCGCAGAGUUGAUCAUCAACUAAUUACAAUUAUGCUCUUUCAAGUUGGUAUAGGCAUGAUAUUAAACUCUUUUCGUUCUGUCUUCUUGGCAUAUAGUUUACUUUCGAGAGAUGUAUCAAAAAGUAUCUACAGGAUGGCUGUUGAAUCAUUUUUGGAUCAACUUUCUUUGAUUAUAUAUUAUUUGAAUUUUGCUAAAUCAUUUCCUGUCAAUACUUUGACAAGUCCACUUUUUUUUGGUAUAUUUCGUCAACGUUUGAUCAAUGCAUGGAAACACUUCAACAGAGGUAUGUCUUUUAAAUUUGAAAUUAUUUGAAUUUCUGUUCGUUUUAAAAAGAUCUGUUUCACUUUAAACUUUGUCUUUGAAACCUUUCUUAGGCGAUACUAUUCAUGAUACUUAAUGAAUUUUUUUAAUUCUAUAAUUUAAGAUCAUGAAGAUUCAACAACUCGCAGUACUCGAUUACAUCCACAUGAGUUUGAACUGCCCGUCUGCAAUCCUUAAUAUUAUCGGCAAUUAUCUCGAUUGACAACCCAUAUUUAUCAUUUAAGUUGUUCUAAAUAUGAUUGUGAAUAUAGAUGUCAUUUGUGUCAAUAUUGUAUCGUAGUAAUGUCUUUAGAAAAUGUUGUUCCUUUUAACUGAUUGAAAAAGUCGAAUUUCGAUGAAUUUCUUAAAUUUUUAUUCGACUAUCUAGAAUAAAGAUUCCUUCGUUGAUGUACUCAAGCCGAAAUGAAAUAGGAAAUUAGCAUUGAGCUACUCUAUAGUUUAUAUUGAGAACCAGUUUUUCAAAUAAUAACAUGAUCAUAUUCAAUAAAAUGAUGCCACAGAGUUUGAUGAAAUAUAUUCAGUUUGAAACAGUUCAUAGUCUUUGAAAAACAAUUAAAUGUUCUUGUAAUACAAAUUAAGAACUUUGAUAGAGAAGUCUAUAUGAUUUAAGUUUCAGUAAUAGUAUCAAAAGUGAAAGAAGAAGAACAACGGUAUUAUGUUUGUUCUUACUGAAAUCUUUAAGUGUAACUUUUCGAGUAAUUAACAAAUAUUGAUUGAUUGAUUGAGAAGUUCUUGUGAAUCUUCCACAUCAUGUAAUCUUAAUGAACGAAGAUUAGUAAAAUCAAAAAUACAUGGUGAUAACAUUCUUGGAAGACAUGUGCAAUCGAUUGAUACAACUUGAGCAGCAAGAAUUUGAGUAAAAAUUUAUUUUCGUAAAUUCAGUUGUUUACGGGAAUUUAUUAAUAAUAAUUUUAGAUUUGUAAUUAUUUCAAAAAAUAUGCUAUUGAGCUCAUUAACAGAGAAAUAUUCAUAAUAACACAUGUGAGUAUAAGUGAUGCCGAGUUGUUGUUGUUGUUGUUAUUUAUUCCAAAUAUGUAUGUACUAAUUCAAUGCUUUUUCGAUGGAGAUGAGAAUAAGAGAACUAAAACGAGAAUAUAUGAGUUUCAUUGUGGGAGAGGAUCUUAUCUUCAUGGACAUUCACAUUCGAACAUGUAGUGUGAGCGUAUAUAUUAACUGACUUUUUCAUUCCAUAUACAACAAUGUAUGAUAUCAUAUUCUGAAAGUAAGCUAUUACUAGAUUUUCUCUCUUAAAUUAUGAGGCACAAUUUUUCUAAGAGUUUAAAAAUAUUUUAAUUCAGUCCGACCUAUAUAAAAAAAAUGAAGUAGAAGAACUGCGGUUCGAACAGCUUGCACGACGUUAAAAAUCCCAGUGAAAAAGAUGUUUGUAUAUAAAACCUAUGAAUCUAAUUUUGAUUUUUACAAACACUGUGGGAAGAAUUUAUCUUAUGUUAUUAAUUUCUGCGCAUAGCUGCAUAAUUCAAAUUCGAAAAUAAGUUAAAUUUUCGAACUGGACAGAGUUGAAAAUAAAGUUUGACUUACCUAAGGAGAUGGUGUGGGUGUGGGCUGUGGCUGUUGCGAUGGAGUCCGGGAGGAGAAAAUCACCUACAUCCACACUCUGCUGGAACUUAGAGAAACUUGUGUUCUCUUGAAAUUGAUGAAUUAAUUAGCAUCUUACGAGUCGAUUUAAAGUUCUGAUAUAAAAUCUUGAUCAUCACCUAGCGACAACUAUCUAUAACUCUAUGUUAUAUACAUGGGCGUGAUCAACUGGCAGGAUGUCCCAACAUUCAUGUAUUCAUGUAGGUUCAUCCAUCUAUCAGAAAAAUGUGAUCUUUUAUAUCAUUUAUGCCUCUUAUAUAAUGCUACUGAUCUGUGACUAUUUGAGAUCUAUAUAUUAGUAAAAAUGAGGGUUACUAAGGAUGUCCUUAUGAUCAUUGUGCUAAAUGUGCUUCACAUCAUAUUUGUUGACAUCUUGUCCUCGGUAUAUAUUCCAUGUGCGAUAAUAUUUUAUCCAUUCUAUCCUAAAGCUGUGUUCUAAUUAGAUCAUUCUUGUUCGAACUGUGAUUCUUUCCGCUUUCCCAGGUCGAAAGUGGGCCAUCGGAUUCUGUCGGAUCUGUCUCAAUCCGAUGACUGAAUCCGAUAGAAUUCCGAUUGUCGGAAUCCGAUCGGAUCACAAUUGAUUCCCAUAAUUUCCGACGCAUUCCGAUUACCGGAUUCCGAUGAAAUCCGAAGGACAGAUCCGA